AGCCUAGACCAAUAUAAAACUAAGACAAAGAGGUUGUUUGGGCACGCAGAAGGAAACCCGUCACGACGUGAGCCAUGGGCGCUCUAUGGAUUGCCCUUGCCAGCGCUGUAUCCACAAUCAUAGUCACCACAGAGGUGAUGAGCUCAGAAUUCAGUUGCGGUCCAUUCUGUCCUGAUCUGAAUGCCACAAUGAACUCCUGCGUCACGAUUUGUCCCGACAAAGAACAAGAUGAAGCUCCUUUCGAUCUUCUCGCGAUGGCCCUGAGGCCGAUGGGGAGAUUCAGAAACGGGACGCCGUGCUGGCGUGACGAUGGCAGUGGUGAAAAGGGAGUCUGUUGUGACGGAGAGUGUGUUAAAAAUGGUACAACUGACACCUGCAAGAGCAAGAUGAACAAAUGUAAACUUCAGGAGACAGUACGGCAGCAGGGAGAAGAGGCGCAAAAGAAAUGGAAAGAAAGCAAGAAGGACACCACCAACUAA